CGCCGCGGGAACCGGAGCCGCAGCCGCUAUGGAGCGCGGCCGUCCCGCCAGCAGCCCACGCAGCAGCACCGAGCCCGCCCCGUCGGCCGCCGCCGGCCGCGAGUCGAGCCCGGGCCGGGCCGGGGCCGGGCACACAGGCUCCGGCGGGGUGGCGGCGCGCCCCGGGGGUGGCCGGCCCGCCGCAGCGAACGCCGCUCGGGAGCGCAGCCGCGUGCAGACCCUGCGGCACGCCUUCCUGGAGCUGCAGCGCACGCUGCCGUCGGUGCCGCCCGACACCAAGCUGUCCAAGCUGGACGUGCUGCUGCUGGCCACCACCUACAUCGCCCACCUCACCCGCAGCCUGCAGGACGACACCGAGGCGCCGCCGGGAGACCCCAGUCUGGGAGCCUUGAGAGGCGACGGCUACCUGCACCCAGUUAAGAAAUGGCCCAUGCGAUCAAGAUUGUACAUUGGUGCCACGGGUCAGUUCCUGAAGCACCCUGUGUCUGGAGAAAAGACAAAUCAUAGCAACACUCCGACAGCCUCACAGCCGUAGGCGGUCCCCUGGGGGGGGCCUGGCUGAGUGGUGGCUGUUGUUUUUCAAGAUUGUGAAAUAAUUCUGUAUUUAUUACAUUGGACAUAACAAACUGUUUCUGAAGUUUACAUUGAAACCUGUAGUUGAAUGUCAAAAUGUAUCUGUCUAAAUAAAUGUGGAAUGGAGUAAUCAGCCCUGUAUAAAA